CAACCCGACCGUAGCUCAGUUGGUAGAGCGGAGGACUGUAGUUGGUUAUCACCUGAAAGCUAUCCUUAGGUCGCUGGUUCGAAUCCGGCAGGUCGGAAUUUAUUUACUUUUUAAAUUUUCGUAAUACCUCCAUUUGUUAUCCCUGAUCAUCCGCCGCCGUCGUCUUUCUCCAAACCCAAUUUUCCGAUUCCCAUGGCGUGGCGCCGCUUCCUCGUCUGCAGCUUCAACCUCCCCAACCCGGCCAAAACCCUAGCUUCCCCACCCGUCCUCCAAAACCCUACCCUUUUCUUCCCUCUUUCUUCUUCAGCCUCAGCCCACUUCUCCACCUCAUUCCUCGUCACCAAAACCCCCAAAAAGUUCAAGAAGCAGCGCAAGAAGCCCGAUUCCCCUCGCACCAAGCUCGCCCAGCAGCAUCCUUCCACCAGAAACCACCACCUCGAAUCCUUCGUCGACCGCGAUGCCCACUUCCGCUUCCUCACCCGAUCCAAACAGUUCCUCUCCCAGCAGCCGGACCACGUCCUCCGCCUCGACGACGCCGGCAAGCUCUACCGCGAGCUCGGCUUCCCUCGCGGCCGGAAAAUCGCUCGCUACCUCGACCGCCAUCCGUCACUCUUCCAGACCUACCGUCACACGGACAACAAGCUGUGGCUAGGGUUCACGGAUUUCAUGGAGGACCUGCUCGAUGAGGAGCGGUCGAUUAUGGAUUCCAUGGAGAUCGACAGGGUGAACAAGGUCACGAAGCUGUUGAUGAUGUCCAAGGAGAAGCGGAUUCCAUUGAGUAAGAUUCAUCAUUGUCGAUUAUUGUUUGGAAUUCCUGAUGAUUUUCGAGAUAGAGUGGUAAAGUAUCCGGAUCGAUUUAGGGUUGUGGUUGGGAGUGAUGGGAAUCGAGCGCUGGAAUUGGUGAAUUGGGAUAAGAGCUUGGCGGUGAGCGAGUUGGAGAGGCAGUUUAUGGUAGAUGAGGAGAAAGUCAAGAGAGCGUUUAAGUUUCCUGUCAAAUAUGCUAAAGAUUUGGACUUGGAUGAGGGAGAUGCUAGGACGUUGAAUCUUUUGAACACAUUGCCCUUGGUUUCGCCAUACAGCAGCGAUGGCCAUGAGUUGGAUCUCUGGAGCUUGGAGGCUGAAAAGUACAGGGUUGGAGUUGUGCACGAGUUUCUCAGCCUGACUUUGGAGAAGCGAGCUUCCAUUCAUCACAUUGUGGAGUUCAAGGAUGAGUUCUGCUUGACGAAGCAUACGUAUGCCAUGCUGAAGAAACAGCCCAGGACAUUCUACCUUGCUGGGACUGAGAUGAACUGGGCUGUGUUUCUGAAAGAUGCUUAUGACGAGAAGGGAAAUCUCAUUGAUAAGGAUCCUCAAGUGCUUUUCAAUGAGAAAUUGUGUAGGUAUGCUGAAAUGAAGAAAGGGGAGUUGUAAACCUGCAUGUGCUGUGUGCUGAUGAUGCAUAGUUGAAAGACCGACUCUGUUCGUUCACUGUCGUAAUAUGAGUUUGGUAUGGUGGGGAAGUGGAAGAGCAUUGGAGUCCACUUCUUCAGGGUCGCUGCAGUGGAUCAUGUCAAAUUCAGUCAGUUGAACAUAUCGAACAUUACAGGUAUCAUCCUUUGAUCAAUAAAAACACUCUUUGCAUCCUUCGAUCAAUUAGAACACGCUUUGGUUUCCUUGCACGAGAAGCAGCUCUAUGAUUAUGUUGUUGAUUGACCGACAUUCUAUAUGAUUCUGAUUCUGCUAGUUUGUAAUAGUUGAUUCUUGUGUUGUGUGUUCAAGACUUGCUUCCUUCAAUUGGAAGUGGAGUGUACUUAGUUCUCUGACAUGAUACCUAAGGACAAGAGAGAUGCUGAAAUGCCUGCAUUCUGAUAUAGAUAAUCUUUUUAGAGAACUUUUCCUAGGAUAGGAUCUCAGAGUUAAAUCACUUGAUUGAUUUCUCAUGCCCGUGGGUCUACAAGCUAGAAAUGUUCAGACCUCAUCUGUUUUUAACUUCUUAUCAGCUGGCUUGACAAUUUUACACGGAAGGCUUGCUUUCUGUUCAAUUUGGUCUCCAGUAUGUGGGAGUCGCUAGGGGUGAGCGCGCAUUUCACGUCCUCGGAGAAAUGAGGUACAGAGAUUGAAGAGCUGAAACUCAAUUAGGUGUCCCUUCUCUAGUUUCUUCUUAUGUUGUUUUGCCUUCAAUCAAGGAUAAGUAUAAGCAAAAGUAAAUCAGAAUGAACUAAUGCAUGAUCAGAAAAUGUCAUUGUAUGUACCCUUGACAUGAAUUUUGAAGAUUUUAUGUAUUUUGUUGGUGAGAUUUGUAAGAUUUUCAUGUAAUGUUAUAAUUCAGUGCUUGUUUUGGAUACCAUUAUGUGAUACCAUGCAUUCUAACUCUACAUGAGAACCGUAUAAUAGGAUCUACUUUAAACAAUCACAUUCUUAAAUUUGACCACCAUGUGUGGUUGCAAUUUAAACCCGUCCCGCGGGUAUUACUCGAUCCGACCUGCGAUGGAUGAGUAUUACCCGUACUGCAGCAGCGUGGAAUGGGGUAUGAGUAUCUACUUCCGACCAUUCAUGUCCCACUCGCUCGGUUCUAGACCCAUUUUAUCUCAAUUCCUUACGGUAUCCAUACAUAUUUCUCCUAUUUUUACUUUUAUUCAACUAGUUAGAGUCGAUAUUUCAACUUGUUAGACUCAAUUACACAUUUUAUUAUCAACAUUUUUCUUUCAGAAAGUGUUUUUCCCUUUAUUUUAUCGUAAAAAGUAAAUUUGCGCGCAUCUUUCCAAAUAACAUGUAAGAGUGGGUCGACCCGCCCCGCCCCGCCCCGUAUCCUACGGGUUUUAUUCGCCUAGUGUGAGAUUGGGCAUGGGAAUUGAGGUACCCACCCGCCCGUUGGCAUCAUUACAUGUCUCUAGCGAAUCAUUUUAUCAAAUGAUUAGUUAAAUUCUUUCAAGUCUGGACAUAUUGUAUAUAGACACAAUUAUGUGAUCGAUCAAUUCAUGGAUUCUAUCAUGUCUAACACCCAUUUCAUUAUACUCUUGUCCAGAUGCCUUAGCCAAAGUAUCAUUAAUAUCACAAAAUGGUUGGGAAUGAGGUUGUGGGCUGGACUUGGGGAUAUGAUCUAGUUUCAUCGAUUUUUCAGGUUUUAGCAAACCGAAUUAAACUGAUUAUUCGUA